GAGGAUUCUAAAGAGGCCAUUUUUCUCACCAUCUUUUCAACUGGGUUACCUUUUUCCUGGAUUUCAUACUUUUCAGACAUAGAACAAUGGAGGUUAUGGAGUUUUUUGGUCUUUUGAAAAUCCGGGUUAUCAGAGGCAUCAAUCUUGCGGUCAGAGAUACGCUCAGCAGUGAUCCUUAUGUUGUAAUCACCAUGGGUCAUCAGAAAGUGAAAUCUCCCGUUAUCAAGGAUAAUUGCAACCCUGUUUGGAAUGUGGAGAUGACUCUUGCGAUAAGAGAUCCAAAUUUACCAAUCAUACUCACUCUUUAUGAUAAAGAUACGUUCACUGUAGAUGACCACAUGGGAGAUGCCGAGAUAGAUAUUCAACCGUAUCUCGAGGCUAUGAAGUUGGUGUCCCAAGGCUCGCAAAGCGGUGCUAAAGUUGGUAGAAUCGACCCGAGCUGGGAGAAUUGCCUGGCAGAUGAGAGCUGUAUCGUCUGGAAGGACGGUAAAUUGACGCAAGAAAUGAUCCUUCGACUAAGACAUGUAGAAUGCGGUGAAGUUGAGAUCCAAAUCGAGGUAAUCGACGCCCCAUCCCCUAAAGGUAAAGGCAUUCUCUUCUGAGGUACCCUUAGCAUUUCCUUGUUGUAAAAUAGGUUAGGGAGGCAUAUAUAUAUGGAACUUCCCGUUUAGUACGUUAGCAUAAGGUAACAUGGAACGAGCCUCAACGACAGAACCGUUGUUUAUAAUAAAUUGUAGAGCCUCGACAUUACACUCGGACUACAAUAACAGAUCUUGGUAUCUUAAGGUCUGCUAAAUAAACUUGAAAUUUUUGCACCUUAAGGUCAGUUACUCUGUUAUAUGUUCUCGGUUUCUGUUAUCCUUUAUACCCUGCUAAUAAAGUCGAGAUUUUUUUA